AUGACGGAGAGCGAAGACAAGACUUCAGGUGCCAAGGGCGAAACUCAACCCCUGGACGACGGAAAGAAGAAAGAGGCUGAGCUGAGGAAUGCAUUGCUGAAGAAGAUGGGUCAGGAUGGCGAAGAGAAAGUAGAUGAAGGCAACAAGGAACAGAACGGCGAUCGUGAAAGGAACGGUGAAAGCAUGGACGUCGACAAGCCUUCCCCCAAGAAAAGCUCGGAUCCUGAUCAGAGCCGGGAGGAUGAUCGGAGCAAUGGAAAGGAAAGGAGCAAAGAGCGCGACAGAGAGAGGGAUCGUGAUAGAGACCGGGACCGAGAUCGAGCGAGGGACAGGGACAGGGACAGGGACAGGGACAGGGACAGGGACAGGGACAGGGACAGGGACAGGGACAGAGAUCGGAGUCGUGGUAGGGAUAGGCGAGACCGGAACAGGGACAGGGACAGGGACAGGGACAGGGACAGGGACAGGGACAGGGACAGGGACAGGGACAGGGAUCGGGAUCGAGACAGGGAUCGGGAUCGAGACAGGGCUCGGGAUAGAGAUCGAGAAAUGAAGGAGAAGGAUAAAGAUCCAAAAGGAAACGAUGGCAAGUGGGGGAAGCCUGCAGAUAAAAAGAUGAAGGCCGAGGUGGAAGGCGGGGAAGCAGAGAGCGCCGCAGAAGCCGUGAUCGGCGAGACAGAAGUCCGGAUCGCAGACGUGAACGAAGCCGGUCUAGGGAUCGCAAGAGGUUCAGGUCGCGAAGUCCUCGCCGUAGGAGAUCCCGAGACCGUUACUCUCGAAGGUUUGAAAGCGCUGAUCGUGCAUGCAGACAGUGAGAACUUUGUCAGAAGUGCUUCUCGCAGCAAGAGCCCAAGGAGGAGAAGCAAGAGCCCACGCAAGAAGGCCCCAAGCCCAAAAGAAAAGAGCACAAGCCCCCAAGGCAACGCGGCUUCGAUUUUUGUGGAACAUUUCGUGAUUGUAUCCCUAGGUACUCGAAGGAAGAUCUACAAUUCUGAGGGCAAAUUUAUGGGAUAUGAAAAUGAGCCAGCGAAAAAAGAAGAGAUCAGUGAGCAAGAAAUGGCUGCUGGAGUUGCGGCCCUGCAAGCGCAGAGGAACUUGAUCGGUGUCAGCGGUUUUCAGUUGAUCAGCUCCGAUCCCCGCAAGGCGCUGAGAAGAAUUCAUGUCGGCAACCUCCCCCUGGGCUCUUCUACUACCUUCCUGAAGCACACCAUCAACAAUGCGAUGCAGGCGGAGAAGAUCGCGAUCAGUGACAGUGUGGCUGAUGUGUACGUCAACUCGUCGACCACAAAAAGGUUUGCUCUUGUGGAAUUUCGAACCGUCGAGGAGUCAAAUCGCUGCAUUGCGCACCUGAAUGGAAAGGUCGAGCUCUUCGGACAGCUCCUAGAAUUCUCCAGACCAUGGAACGAGAAACAUAACAUCACUGUCACCACCAUCCCGAAGCCAGUGCUGGACUCGACAAAUUCUUCACUCUUGCAGCAGCAACAACUGCAGCAGAAGCUCCUGCUCCAAGUGACUUUUCAAAAGUUCUUUGCUCAGAUUCAGCAGCUGCAGGCUCAACAAGCUCAACUGACUCAGACUGGAGUAUGGAAUGGUAUUGGCAUCGGAGGGAUCAAUCCGCUAGCCGCAGCUGCCGCUGCUCAAGCUACGAUGCUGGCAAGUCAGACGUCCGGGACGGUCGUAGAGCAAGUGUCUCAGGAAGAGGCGAUCAAGUUGACUCACAAGACAAGGCGCGUCCGUGUGACCAACCUCCCUCGCGAUGACGACCUUGUGGACGGGUUGAGGUGUGUCUGCCUCGCCCGCCGCCUCGCUCUGCUCACGUGGGCCUGCCCCAGCACCUUCCUCUCGGCUCUGAUGAAGGCGCUGCAGCUGACCGUGAACGAGGGAAAUCCGAUCAUCGCAGUCAAACUGGAUGACGACAAGGUCGGGGCCCUCGUCGAGUUCCGGACUGUCCGGGAAGCUCAGAACGCCAGACAAAACCUGGGAGGCCUCAAGUACGGAGAUAAAUCCUUGCAAGGCUUUCCUGAAGUGGAAUGGCCGGCGGACUACAGUCCUCUGAACGAAGAGCAAAUGAAGAGCUGCAUCGGCACGGGUAUACUCGGGCUGGAUGGAGAGCCUGAGUUGGCUCUGGGAGAAGGAGCGAGCAAGGGAGCGGAGGGUUCGUCUUCAGCAGCAAGCAAACCCAAGGAGAGCGAGGCGACUAAAGUCUUGGUUCUCUCCAACCUCCUGAGUGAAGCAGAGCUGCAAGACGAGCAGGAAUCACUGGAUGUCUUGGAGGACACGCGCGAGAAGUGCGAGCAGGAGUUCGGGGAGGUCCAAUCCGCCGUCGUCAUCACCCCACUCAUCGGCGGCGGCUCCGACGUCAUCGAGGACAAGUGGUACGGCAAGACCAUGGUCCACUUCAAAGACGAGAAGGUCGCAUUCAAGGCUGCCACGUCUCUGCAUGGGCUCAAGGCAAGAGCUCUUGUCAGUUUUGCCCUUUUGUGCUAA